CCACUAAAUCACAUCCGUCCCUAUCCAAUUUUAAUUGAGAGAGAAAGAAGUGAGGCAUAUAAAGGGCAAAUAAAAGAAACUCUUUUUCUUCUCAGACUGUGUUCUUAAGAAAUAAUGUUAGUAGUCAUGAAAUAUCAAGAUCAAGAUUUUAGUAGUAUUCACCCACACCCUUUUAGAUUUUUCAUGUUUUUAUCCCAACAAGGAACUGAUAGACACAACAUUUCUGAAAACAACAAGGCAAAAUGGAAGACAAGGCUGUUUCCAUUUCUCCAAAUUUUCUUCUUCUUUCAGCUGAUAAUUUCAAGAACUCAGUUAGCUUUAGGUCAAGAUUGGGAUGGUAUAAUUAUUACUCAAGCAGAUUAUCAAGCACUUCAAGCUUUAAAACAAGAAUUAGUUGAUCCAAAAGGGUACUUAAAAAGUUGGAAUGACACUGGAUUUGGAGCUUGUAGUGGAAGUUGGGUUGGUAUUAAAUGUGCUCAAGGUCAAGUUAUUGUAAUCAAGAUUCCAUUAAAAGGAUUAAGUGGUAGACUAAGUGAAAAAAUUGGUCAGUUUCAAGCUCUCAGAAAACUUAGUUUACAUGAUAAUGAAAUAUCUGGUUCAAUUCCUGUUUCUUUAGGAUUUUUACCAAAUUUAAGAGGUGUUCAGCUUUACAAUAACAGGUUUUCUGGUUCUAUUCCUACUUCACUUGGUUUAUGUCCACUUCUUCAAACACUUGAACUUAGUAAUAAUUCUUUAUCUGGGACAAUACCAACUAGUCUUAUUAAUUCAACUAAGCUUUAUAGGCUUAAUUUAAGUUAUAACUCUUUGUCUGGUGAAAUCCCACCAAGUUUUACUCAAUCCAGUUCUAUUAUUUUUCUUGAUUUACAAUAUAAUAAUCUUUCUGGUUCUAUUCCAGAUUCUUGGGGUGGAAAUGGGAAUAAUCUUUUUCAAUUACAGUCUCUGAAUCUUGAUCAUAAUUCAUUAUCUGGUGGUAUUCCUGUUUCUUUUAGUAAGUUGAGUGAACUUCUUGAACUUUCAAUUAGUCAUAAUCAUAUUAUUGGUGUUAUUCCUAAUGAUAUUGGAAGGUUGAGUAGGCUUAGGUUUCUUGAUUUUUCUUAUAAUGCUAUUAAUGGAAGUUUGCCUAAAAGCCUCUCUAGUCUAUCCUCUAUUGUGCUACUCAAUUUGGAAAGUAACAAUCUUGAUAGUCAAAUACCAUUAGAUAUAAAUAAAUUGCAAAAAUUGUCAGUUCUUAACCUAAGGAAUAAUCAGUUUAGUGGAGAAAUACCAAUGUCUGUUGGUGAUUUACCAAAUCUUAGUUCCUUCAAUGUUUCAUAUAACAAUCUGUCUGGUCCUGUUCCUGCUCAACUUGUUCAGAAGUUCAACUCGAGCGCGUUUUUGGGUAAUCCUCGGCUAUGUGGUCAUAAUGCUUCAACCUUGUGUCCUAAAACGCCAUCUCCGAUCACACGAGGUGGCAAACUAAGUGUUAAGGACAUUAUUCUCAUAGUAGUAGGAGCUCUUAUUAUAAUUUUGUUUCUACUUUGUUGCAUUCUCCUCUGCUGUUUGAUCAAGAAAAGAGCGUCGGCCAAAGGAGGAAAGACUAUUGGUGUAAAGGGUGUUCCUCUAACAGCGGGAGAAGUCGAAGCAGCAGGAGAAAAUGGAGGAAAACUUGUACAUUUUGGUGGACCUGUGAUGUUUAGUGCAGAUGAUCUGCUUUGUGCUACUGCAGAUAUAUUAGGAAAGAGCACUUAUGGUACAGUGUAUAAGGCAACAUUAGAAAAUGGAAAUCAAGUUGCUGUUAGAAGAUUGAGAGAAAAGAUCACAAAAGGUCAGAGGGAAUUUGAGAGAGAAGUCAAUGUUCUUGGAAAGAUAAGACAUCCAAAUCUUUUGGCUCUUAGGGCUUAUUACUUAGGUACAAAAGGAGAGAAACUUCUUGUUUUUGACUUCAUGCCUAAAGGAAGUCUAGCAACUUUUCUUCAUGCUCGCAGCCCGGAUACUCCUAUUGAUUGGCCGAUGAGGAUGAGAAUAGCAAAAGGGACGACGAGGGGAUUGCUUUACCUUCACACUAACGCCAACAUCAUUCACGGGAAUCUUACCUCGAGCAAUGUUCUGCUUGAUGAAAACUCAAAUGCAAAAAUUGCAGAUUAUGGUCUUUCGUGCCUUGUGACUGCUACUGCAAAUGCAAACGUAAUUGCAACAGCAGGGGCACUUGGAUAUCGCGCACCUGAACUUACUAAGCUCAAGAAAGCCAACGUGAAGACGGAUGUUUACAGUCUUGGAGUCAUUAUAUUGGAACUUCUAACCGGUAAGUCUCCAGGAGAGGCAAUUCUCAAUGGCGUGGAUUUGCCAAGAAAAGUGGCGUCGACUGUGAAAGAGGAGGGAACAAGUGAAGUGUUUGAUCUGGAACUAAUGAGGGAUGCAUCUAUAAUUGGUGAUGAAAUGUUAAAUACACUGAAAUUGGCUUUGCACUGUGUUGAUCCCUCGCCAUCAGCUCGACCUGAAACUCAGCAAGUUCUCCAACAACUUGAAGAAAUUAGACCUGAAGCUGCAGCUCCCUCGGCAAGUGACUAAAGACUUAGUUUUUUUGAUAAAGUAUUUUGAGAUGUUAGAAGUUAGUUGCCAUAAUUCUUUCAUUCUUGAAUUUCAUUGCUAGAGUAUUAGGUUUGUUUGAAGUGUCUGCAAAUACAAGUGUGCUACAUUGAUUUGGAGUUUGAGCAUAUGGAAUCCUUCUAAAUUCCAUCCCUUUA